CCCCAGUUCCACUCCCACUUCCUGAGCUAAGCAACAGGAGCCUGGGAGGCCAGGCCCGCCGCUCCCUGCGGCCCCCUGGGGGCACCUCAAGCCCCCCUGCCUUCCCCAGCUCGGGGCUCUGAAACUUGCCUGCCCCGGUUCCUCUCCAGGCCUCUGCAAGUCCUGACUUCCCUGGCCCCUCCCCGCCCCUCUCGUAUGGACGCCAUGCGCCUGUCCCCUGCCUGUUUCCUUCAGGGCCUGGUCUGGGGCCCUCUCAUCCUAGGCCUCCUUGGGUUUGUGGCUGGUAAUCAUCUCAGACAGGGGCCUCCGGACACAAAGUGUGGAGAUAAGGAAUAUUAUGAGCCCAAACACCAGAUCUGCUGUUCCCGCUGCCCUCCAGGUAUGUUUGUCAGAAGCUUCUGUGAUAAAACACGAAACACCACCUGCGAUGUGUGCCCCCCAGGCUCCUUUAAUGAAUUCUGGAACCACAUUGAAAAAUGCCAGUUAUGUCGCCAGUGUGAUGAAGUGCUAGGCUUUGAGGAGAUAACUCCCUGCAAUGCCAGCAAGAAAACCCAGUGUCGGUGUCGCCAGGGCAUGUACUGCCCCAACCAGGGUGCCGAAUGCGAGCACUGCGAGCCGCUCAGCCCCUGCCCGCCGGGCACAGAACCUGAACUCACAGGUAAGCCUGGAGAGGCUGACAACAACUGUGUUCCCUGUAAAAACGGCUACUUCCAGAACAUUUCUUCUCCUGACAUUCGGUGCCAACCUCAUACCAACUGUGAGGCCCAGGGCUUGGUGACUACUGUUUCUGGGACUGCCGAGUCGGAUGCCAGAUGCCAGAUCUCACCAUGGAAGAUGCCAGGGACAAUUUUGCUGCUAUAUAUCCUGAUCCCCCUGGCUUCCAUUCUACUCCUUAUCAUCGUCUUCUCCUAUGCCUGGAAGAGGCACCCCUCUCUCUGCCAGAAGCUGGGAGCACUACUCAAGAGAAGACCUGAGAGAGAAGAUCUGAAUCCUGCCCCAAACCAGGAUGUCCCUGGAGCAAAUCAGAAGUUCCCUGACUUGGUAGAACCAUUCCUAAAAGCUGCAGGAGCUGCCCCUCCGGCCCCCAAUGGACUUCCCCUACCAGCAGUGGAAACAGAAAUCCUGCAUCAACACUGCUCCCUGGGCCAGGGCCGAGAGCAGGGCGCAGAGCCCGAAGAGCAGAGCCAGGAGCUGCCCCAUGGUACCAAUGGUAUCCAUGUGACAGGUGGCUCAGUCACUGUCACAGGAAACAUCUAUAUCUAUAAUGGACCAAUCUUGGGAGGAACACGGGGGCCUGGAGAGCCUCCGCAUCUCCCUGAACCCCCUUACCCUAUCCCAGAGGAGGGUACCCCAAAUUCCUUGGGCUUCACUGGACCACACCAAGAGGAUGGGAAAGCUUGGCAUCUAGCUGAGUCAGAGACCUUGGGAUACUAUGAUCAAUAGCUGGGAAUGAAGAAAUUACAAUUUGCUGACUAUUUGUGAAAAUGCCUGAGGGAAAUGGUGGAAAACCGGAGCACCGUGGCACCUGAGGCAGUCUCACUUGCACAGGAUUUAUAGGGGGUCUGACUCAGAGCCCCCUGGGAGGGCAGAGUUACCACCAGGUGGAAUCAAAGGCACUUCUAAAGGUGGAGUAUCUCCUGUGGGUAACGGACAGGUGUGCGUUGUCCUACCAAAGCACCUACUAAGCCUGCGGGGGUUCUCAAACUACGGCCCGCGGGCCAGAUGCAGCAGCUGAGGACAUUUAUCCCCCUCACCCAGGGCUAUGAAGUUUCUUUAUUUAAAGGC